AUGAAUACACCUACCACUACAACCAGUAAUACUCCUACCACUACAAUCAGUAAUAUUCCAAUCCCUACACCCAGUAAUAGUCCUACCACUACAACCAGUAAUACUCCUACUACAGCAACCAGUAAUUAUCCUACCACUACAACCAGUAAUACUCCUGCCACUACAGCCAGUAAUACUCCUACAAUUACAACCAGUAAUGCUCCUACCACUACAACAAGUAAUGCUCCUACUACUACAGCCAGUAAUACUCCUACCACUACAACCAGUAAUUCUCCUACCACUACAAUCAAAAAUGCUCCUACCACAACAACCAGUAAUUAUCCUACCACUCCAACUAGUAAUACCCCUACCACUACAACCAGUAAUGCUCCUACCACUACAACAAGUAAUGCUCCUACCACCACAACCAGUAAUACUCCUUCUACAACAACCAGUUUUUACCCUACCACUACAACCAGUAAUACACCUACCACUACAACCAGUAAUAUUUCUACCACUACAACCAAUAAUGCUCCUAUUACAACAUCUAGUAAUUAUCCUACCACUACAACCAGUAAUACUCCAACCACUACAGCAAGCUCCUACCACUACAACCAGCAAUGCUCCUACCACUACAACCAGUUAUACACCUACCACUUCAACCAUAAUGCGCCUACUACUACAACAAGUAAUGCUCCUACUACUACAGCCAGUAAUACUCCUACCACUACAACCAGUAAUUCUCCUACCACUACAACCAAAAAUGCUCCUACUACAACAACCAGUAAUUAUCCUACCACUCCAACUAGUAAUACACCUACCACUACAACCAGUAAUGCUCAUACCACUACAACAAGUAAUGCUCCUACCACUACAACCAGUAAUACUCCUUCUACAACAACCAGUUUUUACCCUACCACUACAACCAGUAAUACACCUACCACUACAACCAGUAAUAUUUCUACCACUACAACCAGUAAUACUCCUACCACUACAGCCAGUGAUACUCCUACCAAUACAACCAGUAAUGCUCCUACCACUACAGCAAGCUCCUACGACUACAACCAGCAAUGCUCUUACAACUACAACCAUAUUACACCUACCACUACAACCAGUAAUACUCCUACCACUACAAUCAGUUAUACUCAUACGACUACAAUCAGCAAUACUCCUACCACUACAAAGAGUUAUACUCCUCCUACUACAACCAGUAAUACACCUACCACUACAACCAGUCAUACUCCUACCAUUACAACCAGUAAUACUCCUACCACUACAUUCAGUAAUGCUCCAACUACAACAAACAGUAAUUAUCCUACCACUACAAUCAGUAAUUCUCCUACCACUACAGCCAGUAGUGCUCCUACCACUACAACCAGUAAUGCUCCUGCCACUACAAUCAGCAAUUCUCCUACCACUACAAUCAGUAAAACUCCCACUUCUACAACCAGUAAUACUCCUACCACUACAACCAGUAAUGCUCCUACAACUACAACCAGUAAUACACCUACAACUACAACCAGUAAUACUCCUACCACUACAACCAGUAAUACUCCUACUACAACAACCAGUAAUUAUCCUACCACUACAACCAGUAAUACUCCUACCACUACAAUCAGUAAUACUCCUACUACUACAACCAGUAAUGCUCCUAACACUUUAACCAGUAAUACUCCUACGACUACAACCAUUAAUACUCCUACGACAACAACAAAGUCAUAAUGCUCCUACCACUACAACCAGUAAUGCACCUACAACUGCUUUCAGUAAAGCCCCUACUACUACAACCAGUAAUGCACCUUUAACUACAGAUAGAAAUAAUCCUACUACUACAACCAGUAAUGCUUCCACCACUAAAACAAAUAAUGCUCCCAGCACUACAAUAAGUUUUUCUCCUUAAACUACAACCAGUAAUGAACCUACAACCUCCAUCAGUAAUUCAAAUACAGAUAAAACCAGUUAUGCUCCUUCAACUACAAUCAGUACUGCUCUUACCACAAUAACCAGUAAUGGGCCGACAACUUCAAUCAGUAAUUCAUCUACUACUGCAACCAGUAAUGCUGCCACAACUACAAUCAGUAAAGCAGCCACUGUUUAACCAGUUAUAUUCCUACAACUUCAACAAGUAAUGAUCUUUCCACUACAACCAGUAAUGUAGCUACAAUAACACUCAGUUAUAUUCGUACCACAACAACCAGUUAUACACCAACCACUACAAACUGAACAGCUUCUACUAUUACAAUCAAUAAUACUCCAACUUCCACACUCAGUAAUGCUCCUAUAUACCACUACAACCAGUAAUGCUCCUACCGCUACAACUAGUUAUGCUCCCACCUCCACAACCAGUAAUGCUCAUACUACUACAACCAGAAUGCACAUGAAACUUAAACCGGUCAUGCACUUACAACUACAAGCAGUAUUUCAUGUAGUACUACAACCAGUAAUACUCAUACCACUAGAACCAGUCAUGCACCCACUUCUAUAAAACAAUAAUGCUACUACAACUGCAGCUAGUAAUGCUCCUACAACUGGUACCAAGAAUACUUCUACAAAAAACGACUUAACCUGCUCAUACUACUAUAAUCAGUAAUGCUCCUUCUAUUACAACCAGUAAUGCUCCCACUACUACAACCAGUAAUGCUGCUACUACUUCAACCGGUAAUGCCCCUUCCACUAGAACAAACAAUUCUCCU